AUGCGAAAGCUGAGGAUUUCUAUCACCAAGUCUUCUGCACUCCUCAUCCCGAGACCGGGCACGAGGCCUGUACGUCGUCCCUGUAUCCGAUUACUUGGCCGCAACAUUAAAUUCACGGAUACACAGAAGUAUCUAGGAGUGGUCUGGGACUCUGGCUUAACAUGGGUGCCACAUUUGCAGCAACAGAGAGCAAAAACCUCCGCUAUAGCCAGAAUGACACGGAAAUUUCAAGGAAGGAAUUGGGGACUAAAUCCCCACAUUCAAAAAGUGCUUUAUAGCACGGUGGUGGAAAAGAUUGCGCUGUACGCAGCUGCAAUCUGGGCUCAACCGAUGACAACGAGGAAAAUCAAGCAGUUAACAUCACUCCAACGCCCUUUUGUCAUAAGCAUCUGCAGGGCAUACUGCACAACAGCCACGAGCUCCGCCCUUACUCUAGCAGGUAUAGUCCCUCUACACAUCCAGGCCGAACUAGAGGCGACAUAUACGAGAGUCCUUCACUUGAGGAAAGACGCCUCCUUCGCAGGUACUCUCUACAGUCCAGCACUUUAUGAGCACCCCAAGACACCGCUGCACACACAUCCAGCGCAUAAAGGACUAGGGGUCCACACCCACAUCAUGCAACAGCCCAACAAGGAAAUACAGCACAUCAGCAACCAUACACUUUACACUGAUGGUUCUAAACAUGCUGAAGGCGUUGGCAGUGCUUUCCUGCACUGUUGGCAAAGCCAAGAAUUACAUCAUUGGAAAGGCCACCUAGGUGACAGCAAUAGCGUCUUUCAGGCAGAAGUGAUAGCAAUUACAGCUGCUGUUGAAUAUCUAAUAAGCCGAAAAAUCUCAAAAGCUAUAUCGGAUAAUAUGUCUCUAUACGGAUAG